AUAAUUAUCUUCGCUAUGAAGAAAAAAGAAUUGUAUAAAAAACUAGAAAACUUGAGACGAGAUCAAAGUACAGAAGCGGCAAAGAUAAUCGAGAGAUGUCACGCGAUGAAACAAGCUACUCGCGAGGCUCUCAAUUCAAUGGUAGAUGAGAAACGGAAGAGAGCUGCCGAGAUUAACGAGGAAUCCCGCCAACUGAAGUUAAUACUAUCUAAGCAGAAGGACGAAGACGUUCAAAAAAAGAUUCAUCUGAUUCAAGGAAUCAAAGCAAUUCAAACGUUGCGAUCGAGACAAAUAAAAAGUUACAAUCCCACGGAAUCGAGUGGUCUAGGUCGACUAGGACUUCUAUGUGAAAUGUCUUUAACUGAGCUAAAAGAAGAAUUGCUGUCCAUGAAAAUAAAGCGAAACAAGGAAGUUGAAUGUCGAAAUAUCGCCGUUCGACGGGAACGUGAGAGAAGAAAGAAUUUAUUGAAAAACAAUCAACGAUUUCUCGAGUGGCACAAAGCUAGGUAGUAGGUUGUAACAGAAAAUUUGUUAAGCCGGGAACGGACAACUAAUUUUUUUUUUGCAUAAAUGGUCAC